AUGGCGACUGUCAUUCACAACCCCCUGAAAGCGCUCGGGGACCAGUUCUACAAGGAAGCCAUUGAGCACUGUCGGAGUUACAACUCACGCCUGUGUGCAGAGCGCAGUGUGCGACUCCCGUUCCUGGACUCGCAGACCGGGGUAGCACAGAACAAUUGCUACAUCUGGAUGGAGAAGAGGCACCGAGGCCCAGGCCUCGCCCCAGGCCAGCUGUACACGUACCCUGCCCGCUGCUGGCGUAAGAAGAGACGAUUGCACCCGCCUGAGGAUCCGAAGCUGCGGCUGCUGGAAAUAAAACCUGAAGUGGAGCUGCCCCUGAAGAAGGAUGGGUUCACCUCAGAAAGCACCACCCUGGAAGCCUUGCUCCGCGGGGAGGGGGUCGAGAAGAAGGUGGACACCAGGGAGGAGGAAAGCAUCCAGGAGAUACAGAGGGUUUUGGAAAACGAUGAAAAUGUAGAAGAAGGAAAUGAAGAAGAGGAUUUAGAAGAGGAUGUUCCCAAGCGGAAGAACCGGACCAGAGGACGGGCCCGUGGCUCUGCGGGGGGCCGAAGGAGGCAUGACGCCGCCUCUCAGGAAGACCACGACAAACCUUACGUCUGUGACAUUUGUGGCAAGCGCUACAAGAAUCGGCCGGGACUCAGCUACCACUACGCUCACACUCACCUGGCCAGCGAGGAAGGGGAUGAGGCCCAAGACCAGGAGACCCGGUCCCCACCCAGCCACAGAAACGAGAACCACAGACCCCAGAAAGGACCGGAUGGGACCGUCAUUCCCAAUAACUACUGUGACUUCUGCUUGGGGGGCUCGAACAUGAACAAGAAGAGCGGGAGGCCGGAAGAGCUGGUGUCCUGUGCAGACUGCGGACGCUCUGCUCAUUUGGGAGGAGAAGGCAGGAAGGAGAAGGAGGCAGCAGCCGCAGCACGCACCACGGAGGACUUAUUCGGUUCCACGUCAGAAAGUGACACCUCAACUUUCCACGGCUUUGAUGAGGACGAUUUGGAAGAGCCUCGCUCCUGCCGAGGACGCCGCAGUGGCCGCGGUUCGCCCACAGCAGAUAAAAAGGGCAGUUGCUAAACGCAUGGAACAGACUCUCUGGGCAAUUAGCCAUCACCCUCUGACUUUGGUCCUUGUUCUGGUUCUGAUAUACAUAUAUAUAUUUUUUAAUGAAAGACAGCUUAGGUUUUCCCUUCAUCCUUGCUUUUUCUUCUCACCUUCCACGUGUCCCUGCCCCCUUUCCCUCUCUUUAGGGUAUGUACAACAGAAGCACAAACUACUGAAACAAAACAGAAGAGCAGAAUAACAGUCCUUCAGAGAGAUGGCAUCAUGAUGUACUAUUUAUUUUCUAUAGAAAUGGGAAGUUAGGCAGAUUCUCUCUUUUUGGGGGGGAGGGGAUCUUUUUGACACGAGCAGAGUUGAUUUCCUCAGUUAUCCUAUUUAUUGGCAAAAUGAAGAGUGGAGGGGCAUUGGGUUUGGAAACAAAGAACCGAUAACCGUUAAAAAUUAUUAUUUAUAUAUUCUAGCUAUUGUUAGAAGCAGACUUUUUUUUUGAGAGAGAGAGAGAAGGGAAAUCAAAGACAUGGAAGUAAUGUCCUGUUUAGAAGACAGCCACUGGGGGGAGGAUUGAUUCAAAGCUCCCCAAUCAGGAGGAUUUCCUCGAUGGCAGAGGAUGGCACUUUCUGUGCCCCACGGAGUUGGUGGCUCCCCACGGCAGACCCCCUCCCCGUUUCUCCUCCCUGACCUUUCCAUCUUCCUCCCUGCUUGUGAUGAAACGGCGGCAGCUCCUGAGAAGCCCGGGCCGCCCAUGUGCAGCCUCCCUCCAGCACCUGGGCCCUGACCAGCAGCGCCUCCUGGCCUGGGACCCUCCUCCUCUGUCAGCAUAGCUGCUGUUUGGUUGUUGCUGGGUUUUUCCCUCGCUUUCCACCUGGCGAAGAGCAAUUUCCACAUGCAGGAAUGGAAUAUAAGCAGAAAGGCAUGGACUCAGCGGUGACAAACAACUCGAGGCUGCGCUCAUGGAAGAAAGAAUGUUACCUCAGUCUGUUUCCCUCUUCCCCUCGCCCCCUGUUUAAAAACGUAUAAAUACCCGUUGGAUGAUCAAGUCUCCUGUAUUUUUCUAUUUUUUUAUAGUGCCCCCCAGGCACUUUGUUUUAUGUUUCCAAUAGCACCUCCUGAAAUAAACCAAAGCAACACUUGCUCAAGGCCCCCGGGGUGACGGAGACCAUCCACCUUGUUGGCAGCCCCGAGGAUGAACAGCUGUGCAGUCCUAGUCAAAAGUCAACGCUCUGACCUGGGGACUCCGAUAUCCUUCAAACAAGACGUUUCUGAAGAAGGUGAAAAGAAGCCACCACGAUCUGCGCCUCCUCCUCCUCCUCCUCCCUUGCCUGGCCCCCUCCUGCGCACGUGUUUCUGCCAACACAGGAGCCUGGAUUGCGGAAAAGCCUCCAAUGCAACUCAGCUCAGCUCAGUGACGUCUUGGGAAUGGCCUAACUGUGCAAUAAGAAGAAUUUCUUUUUUUCCUCUUUUUAAAAUUCUCCAUUACAUUUUCUCUAAGUGUCCGUGAGAAAGUAUGCAGGUCAGACUGGGAUUGCUCUAUAGUAGAAAUAACUGAACACGAACAAACUGACAAAAAAAAAAAAAAAAAAGAGUUAACUAUUUUAUUUAUUUCAAUAUUUAAAAGAAAAGGUGCUGAUGUGGCAGAGUAUUUUUGUUUAAAGUACCUUCUACUUCAAAAGUUAAAAGCAAUUUUGUGAAGACAUGAAAAUCAAAAGAGGACUUAAUGUAAAAUAAAGACUGCCUAUUAACUCUAAGGAAAAAUACCCCACAUUUUUAAUAAGAGAAUAAAGAUCAACUCUGCUCUCUCGGGGUUUUUAAAAGCCAUUCAUGUAUGUGCUUUAGGUAUUUUUAUUUCUGCAAGUUGGAUGUGGUAAGUGAGGAGUGAUCGAUUUUUUUUUCCUUCUUCAAAAGUCUAUUGAAAGUGUUUGAUGAUGUCUUAAGACUUGACUGAAAUAAAUUAGGCACAAAGGCGGUCAGCAGUCUCUCUGAGCCUCCCUCCCAAACAAGUACCCAAGCAAACAAACAAACAGCUCCCCCCUUACCCUGGGCAAGCCCCAUUUAUCCCGUUUUGAGAAGCAGCCUGCCUCCUGGUUAUCGUGUCUGACGAGGCCUAGUUCUGAAAGGAAUUCCAUCUAGUGAUUAAAUCUAUCUCUGCAGAUUCAACAGAUUUGGAUACGGACAGCUUUGUUUAAAAUAAUGUGGUGAAGGAAGAGAGAGAGAGGGAAAAAAAAGAACAAAAAAGUGUCACUUGGGAUGACAUUAAUUCUGUCCCCUCGCGGCUCCUGGGGGAGACGUGUGAAGGGGGCCUGCUGCUGAGCCAGUUCCUGGGGCCUGACACAGUGAGGAAGGCCAAUGUGAAAGAUGGAAACCUCAAAUUUGGUUGCUGGUGGGGGUAAAAAGGGAAAAGGCGAGAGGUCUGACACGUCAUUUUAUGGCCAUGUUGGUGGAAGGAACGUUGUGGCCUAUGAAACGCAUUCAGCAUAGUGUCUGCGGCCUAGUGAAGGGGCUGAGUUCACUGGCUGGGCCACUGGGUUCCACCCCCAGUCUCUUACCUGUCCACGCUCUUGAGUGUCCCUCACUGGUAAGCAGUCACAACCAAUGUACCAUCUAACUCUGGGUAUUCCUCUCAGCAAAAGUCUUGAGUUGACAGUGUUACUGAAAUGGUUCUGAGCCCAAGAAUCUCUCUUUUCCCUUUGCAAGGGGGAGACUGGAUGGGCACAGACUUCCUGCCAGCCCUGAAAAUGCCAGUCCCCCGGAUAGAUCACCUAGAGUGUCUCUGUAUCAUUUUGUAGCCCUUUUCUGUGACGUUUUCUGGUAGAAAAUGUCCCUUUCCAAAAUGCUAAUAAUUAUAAUAAUAAUCCUCUCUCCCACCCACUCCCACAAGUUAUAACGUGUAGAAUUGUGAUAAAACUUUGCAUAAUGUAGGGUUUGUAUCAAGUUUGUAUAAGUUUCUGUUAAAUAAAAGUCUGUUUC